AUGUCCACUACACCGCCGCUCCCCGGUCGGCCCUCGAACCUGGAGAAGAAAACUCGAGCAGCAUCGAGCAUAGUAACUCGGAAUGGAGCGAGAAAAGCAAAAAUACAGACACGUGCCCGAACCGCGGGUAAUGUUAAACCAUCGGCGUCUGUCGUCACAGGGAAAAGGAAAGCACAGCAAAAGAAAAAAAAUACAAUUGAAACUGUUUUAAAGGACCAUUAUCAAAUAACAAUGGAGUCUAAAACAAAAAUAAAGGGUCCAACUGGAUUUGUAACUGAACCUCGCAUGACAGAGCAUAGAUGUUUGUGGGAUGAAAACUAUCCAGAGAAUCCUCAACGACUCAUCAGUGUCCUUAAUAGAUGCCAGGAGCUAAACUUGAUAGAAGAAUGCAAAGAAAUAUGUCCCCGAGCUGCGUCAAAGGACAAGAUUUUAGAGUUACAUGAUGUAUCUGUGUAUGAAAUGAUGGAGAAAACUCACAAAAACAAUGAUGUUAAAUAUCUGGAGGAGAUAUCAUCGUAUUACGACGCGAUAUAUUUGCAUCCGAGCACACACGAGCUAGCUUUAUUAUCAGCUGGGUCAACCAUAGAGCUAGUAGAUCGAGUUAUGAAUGGCGAAGUCCAGAACGGAGCGGCAUUUGUGAGGCCCCCAGGGCAUCAUGCUAUGAGGGCGGAGCCUUGCGGCUACUGCAUCUACAAUAACGUGGCGCUGGCUGCUCGGCAUGCCAUAGAAAAGCACAAUGUUAACAGAAUACUCAUAGUGGACUGGGAUGUACAUCAUGGACAGGCAACACAACAAAUGUUCUAUAGUGACCCAAGGGUCGUUUACUUCUCAAUACAUCGCUAUGAGCAUGGGUCUUUUUGGCCCAAUCUCCGUCAGUCCAAUUUCGACUACAUCGGAUCGGGCGCAGGUGAGGGUUUCAACUUCAAUCUGCCACUUAAUCACAUCGGGAUGAAGGACGCAGAUUACCUCGCUAUAUGGUACCAAUUGCUUCUGCCUAUGGCUUUCGAGUACCAACCGGAGCUGAUCCUGAUAUCUGCGGGCUACGACGCUGCGAUCGGCUGUCCGGAGUUCGCCCCGCAACUGAUCCUUGUAUCGGCCGGUUAUGAUGCUGCGAUUGGAGAUGAAAAAGGUGAGAUGGAAAUAACACCAGCCUGCUACGCGACACUAACUCACUUGCUCAUGGGCGUUUGUUCACGAGUCUGUGUGGUGCUGGAGGGCGGGUAUUGCCCUAGAUCAUUGGCAGAAGGCGCCGCGCUCACACUGCGCACGCUUUUAGGACAUCCACCGCCCAUGGGCGAAACGCUUACUGAAGCUACUGAUUCAAUUCGCGAUUCAAUCCUCAAUUGUAUAUACGCGCACAGAAAUCAUUGGAGGUGUUUCAACUUUCAACCUACGUACAGUCUGUACUCCGAUAUCAAAAACAUAUCUGAUGUAGACAAGGUCAAACAUACGGUUGUUGUAAAGUGGGAGGGAGAUGAAACUAGACCAGAUAGAUUUCCUACGAGGGACUGUUAUCCUCUACAAAGUGAUGACACGAAGAGGCGUAUUAAUGAGAGAUUAAAUGAAUUAGAAAUGACUACUGACCUAAGAAUAGCGCAAUAUCCAGUUUGCUAUGUAUACGACAAAGCAAUGUUGAAACAUUCAAAUAUAUGCGAGCCAGGCCAUGUAGAAUGUCCGCUACGAAUCAUGCGCAUCCACGAACGGCAUAUGGACUUUGGUCUUCUCGAUCGGAUGCACUUAGUCACUGCGAGAAAAGCUACAGAUGAAGAUAUACUCGCUGUGCACUCAGAGAAACAUUUAAAUAGGUUAAAAGAGUUAUCGUCUUUGAAGCUGCGAGAAUUGCACAACGAAAAGAAUAUUUACGACUCGGUCUACUUCCAUCCGGACUCGCUAGAGAGCGCCAGGACCGCUGCUGGAUGUGUCUUACAGAUGGUGGAUACAGUACUAUCGGGGACAGGCGGUUCGGGUGUUUGCGUCAUUCGCCCACCUGGUCAUCACGCGAAUGACAGCACGCCAUGUGGCUUUUGUCUGCUGAAUAAUGUGGCUAUCGCCGCCGAAUACGCUGUGGCCAAAUGCAAUGUACGACGCGUACUCAUAUUAGACUGGGACGUCCACCAUGGCAACGGGACUCAGAGCAUUACGUACGAUAAUGAUCAGAUCCUGUACAUAUCCAUACAUCGCUACGACAACGGAGCAUUCUUUCCAAACUCAAAGGACGCGGAGGAGGGUGCUGUCGGCACUGGUCGGGGGGAAGGGUAUAAUGUCAAUAUACCUUGGAAUAAACGCGGUAUGGGCGACGCGGAGUACAUGGCAGCUUUUACACAAAUAGUUCUACCCAUAGCCCGCGAAUACAAUCCGGAUUUAGUACUGGUGUCAGCCGGGUUCGACGCCUGUAUGGGCGAUCCACUUGGAGGGUGCAACGUGACGCCAGAAUGCUAUGGCCUUAUGACACAUAUGCUCAGAUCGCUCGCGGGAGGCCGCGUUAUACUCUGUUUGGAGGGAGGUUACAAUGUGACGAGCAUAUCCUAUGCCAUGGUCAUGUGUACUAAAGCAUUACUGGGCGAUCCGACCAACCUUUAUUACGACCCUAAAUUAACUUGCCACCAGUCAGCCAUAGAGAGCAUCAAUAGUGUGCUUAAAGUGCAUAAAAAGUAUUGGAAAAGCCUCAAAUUCCAACUCGCACUACCUGUAGAGAAUGUUCUAGAAAACGUCCCGAACAAGAUGAAGGAGACAGUGUCAAGAGACACGUCUUUAGAGGAUGGUUUGUCAAAUUUAUCUUUGCACAGCAAGUGUUCAGAUGGGAUACAUUGCGGGACGGAUGACGAACUAGAUGGGGCGGGUAAUUCGUCGAAAAAUGCGGGUAGUCCGACAGCAGAUAGUGAGGGUAGUUCUGAAAAGAAAGUGGGAGAAACACCGGACACAGAACCGAGAACAUUGGUUGAUUUCUUAUCUGAAAAUAUACAAGCUAUUGCUGAUGGAGAAAUGUUUGCCGUUGUGCCUUUACCGGGAUGUCCACAUUUGGAUACGUUGUACGCGAUUCCUGGCGAUGUAAAGUUUGAACAAGGCGUUCAAUGCAUAGAUUGUGAUCAUAUAGCGGAGAAUUGGGUGUGUCUACAGUGUUAUGUUACGGCUUGCGGUCGACAUAUUAACGGGCAUAUGGGAGCCCACUAUCGGGCAACAAAUCAUCCUCUAUCACUCUCCUUAGCUGACCUAUCUGUAUGGUGUUACCCUUGUGACGCAUACAUCGACAAUCCUCUACUAUACGACGCUAAGAAUAACGCGCACAAAUGCAAAUUCGGCGAAGAAAUGCCCUGGUGCUAUCGGGAUGUACCAUUACCAUUAUCCUACUGGAUCCUCGUAUUUCUGCGGUUUGCACUAACCCUACUACCUCAGACAGGAUAUAUACAUCCAGACGAAUAUUUUCAAAAUGUUGAAGUUAUUGCUGGUGAUACCUUUGAUGUGGAUGUUGCCAGAACAUGGGAGUUUGAUCCGAAGUUUCCCAUAAGAAAUAUGUUUAUACCAAAGCUAAUUUUAGGCCCACCACUUCAAAUUAUACGGAUUCUUAAUCCCUUUAUAAAACGCUAUUUAAAAAUAGAUCUAAGAUCGCCUUAUUUCCUAUUAGUCAUACCUAGGCUCUUUAUAUGUCUUCUUUCAUUAAUCAACGAUUAUUGCCUUUACCAACUAUGUCCUUAUUAUGGCUACUUGACUUUAGCAGAUGUCGAAUCUCUUCAAAUUUCUUGGAAUAACUGGGUUGUGACUCCCCUUAACUUUCUUAGGUAUAAUAUAGAUUUGGGGAAUUUGACAGAACACGGUAUACAUCCCCGUUGGUUACAUAUAGCUGUGAAUGUUCCACUGCUUUUUAAUGUCUUAGGAUUUCUAGCAGCGUGUGCAGUUAUACUUAAUAUAUACAGGUUCAUCAGAGGCCAGUACAGCAAAAUGCCGAGAAUACAAAGCAUCCGUGGCCUUAUGCUGCUAUCAUCAAUUGUUCCUGUUGCUGUCUUAUCACUGUUUCCACAUCAAGAAGCCCGUUUCAUCAUCCCAAUACUUGUACCUUUAGUUUAUCUCUAUGGCAAUAGUAUCCAUAUAUUUGAUGCUGAUGACAUGGAUUUAAAAACUCUGAAGAAAUUCCUCAUUACAAUUUGGUAUGGAUUAAACAUUCUUUUUACCAUAUUCUUUGGUUUCAUCCACCAAGGAGGUAUUUAUCCAUUUGUAAAUGACCUUUACCAUGAGAUAAAGGGAAAUUACGGCAGCCAUAUGCAUGUGAUAACGACACAUAGUUAUAGCAUUCCAACAUAUCUCCUACAGUUAGAGAGCACUACAAGGAUUUGGCAAGAUAGAACAACAAGACAUAGUUUUACAGUAGCACCCUCAACAUUUUUACAUAAAUAUGGGUCUUUACCCAUGGAUCAACUGUUUAUGAAUGUAGAUGAAAUAUUGACGAAUGCCGAAAUGAGAUACCACAAAUAUAAAAAGAACUACAAAUUGUAUAUAGUUUCACCUUGUUCCUUAGAGGACAAAAUAUAUGAGGAAGCCAAAAAUUAUCAUUACAUUGAUGUCAUUGAACAAAAUGUGUACUAUCCUCAUUUUUGUACUGAAGCUUUUCCUAGUUUCCCAGCCUAUAAUGACCAAAACUGUGUUAAUAGCAGAUUUAUAACGAAUUCUCAACCUCAAGAUCUUACAUUGGAAACUGUAAGAUCGGCUAUAGAUGCUUCACUAAAAGUGGUACAAACCUAUAAAUGGCUAUUAGAUUUAUAUGUUGUGGAUUUUUUCGUCGAUAACCACUGGGACAUGCUGCCAACAUCUUGGCAAGACAGUUUUUAUAAUAUAGAUCCGAAAACAUUAGGUCACAUUUUAAUGGAUCUACCAACAAGCCAUAUGCUACCCUUAUCAUUCCUUGCACUUCUGACUGUCAUCAAGACACUUUGCUUACCUAGACAGGGUACUUAUAAAAAACUUGAAGAAAAAUCCAUGUUAAGUGAUACUCCUAAGUUUAAGAAUUUAUUUUUAAAACAUGUAAAAUUAAAGAAACGUCAUGAAAUCAACUUAAUGGCAAGUGUUGUGCAAGAUGUCGCAUCAAAGACUGGCUGUGAUGCUGUCCUGGACUUUGGUUCUGGUCUAGGACAUUUAGUACGAAUGCUCUCUUAUAAAUAUGGUCUGCGAACAGUGGGCAUCGAGUGUCAAAAUCAACUAACAGAUGAAGCUAGGAAAUUGGACUUAGAACUUGAAUACACAGUUAAAAAAUACUGUGAUAACAAAAUUGUAUCCAAAUUACCUCGACCAGUGCACUGCAAUGAAAUGCUAGCAUCUGCAGAUCAGCUAGAAAAGCUCUCUAUAUUGGCAACAUUGAAUUAUCAUGGUCUGAUAGGCCUUCAUCCAUGUGGAGAUUUAGGACCUCUGUUGCUCAAAUAUUUUGUACAGACAGGCCAAGCCAAGUUUAUAUGUCUUGUCGGUUGUUGCUAUAUGAAGUUGAAUAAGGGGUAUCCCAUGAGUGAAUAUCUAAAGAGAUUUGAUAAUAAGCUGUCCUAUCCAGCUCGGGAAAUUGCCUGCCAUGCUAUAGAAGUGUAUUGUGAUAAACUGUGUAAAGGAGAUUAUAAUGAUUUGAAAGUUCAUGCAUUCCGAGCGGCUCUAGAAAGUAUGUUAGUAGAGCAUGAUCCAAAAUUACGACAUUCACCCAUUCGAAGUGUUAAACAUACAGACAAUAUGGCGUUUGUAAGCUACUGCGCAAUUGCGCUAGAGCGGCUUGCUGUACCAAAAAUGGAUACGUCUAAGAGCGGCAACCUCGCGCACGAAAAUUGGAAACGCGUUGUCGUUCUUUACACGUUGCGUCUCGCUCUCGCACCGCUUGUCGAAACUUUAAUUCUUUUAGAUCGACUGUACUAUAUGUUGGAACAUGAUAUUCAUUGUGAAAUUCAACCCGUGUUCGAUGCAAAUAUCUCGCCAAGAAACCACGUAAUGAUCGGACGAAAAAAAUAA